GUUGUUCGAAAUGCACCCUUGUCUCAGGCCUGAUAUCAGGUUUGGAGCGAACCGACGAUAGUUUUGCAAGCCCAACAGGACGUUCCCGUAUACUCAGCAGACAAGGUGACUUUCAUGUUCUAGUCUUUGAAUCGCUAUUUCCUGUGCAAGACUUACAUAGGGCUCAUUAAUCAUUUCUCGAUAGGAUGUGGCAUCUGAGGCAGCUCAUCUCUAGUCUCGCUCUUCCAGGAACGCUUCAGUUGAAGAGGCAACCGAGUAUUAUCCCGGAUCGAAAACACUCUCUUCCUCCGGAGAUCAUAUUGGAGAUAUUUCGUCAUAUCUCUGAAUUUUUCACACCAUUCGAUUUUGGUCUGAACUACAUAAUACCUGUACCAGCCUCGUUCAAGUUGCGGGCGAAGACAAACUUCGAUACGCUCUCUCAUUUGUGUUUAAUUUGUCGUCUGUGGUAUCCAAUAGCCAAGGCCAUCCUAUACUCACACCCUCUCUUACUUUCCUCUCGUCAACUUCGCCUAUUCAGACGAUCCCUGGAUUCAAAUCCUACACUUUCUAAUCUAGUGAAGGGUAUAUCCAUCGCAGACAAUAAUCGUGCGUACAAUUUUGGAUUCAAGAUGUUCUCUGGUCGUCAUACUAGACAUGCAGAGCGAAUGCGAAAAAACAUUCGCUCUGUUCUGAUGGCUUGCACCGCGGUGAACGCGAUGUCCCUGCACAUAUCCGCCUGUCCAUAUAGGAACUCUAUUGGCAAUGUGCUACAAGGCGACUUCCAGCUCACGGAAGCGCACCACCUCCAAACGCUCACAAUUUCAGGGACUGGUUAUUACCGGAGCGAUUUUUCAGCUCCUGGUGUCAGGCAACUACGUCAAUUGUGUCUUCACAAUGCCGAAUUUCAUUCACAAUCCUUCAGCAUUCAACCGUUCAAUCGUCUACAGUCAUUGCAGCUUAUACGCUCCUUCUGCUUCGAGUCACGUCCCGACGUAAUUCGAGCUUUGCAAAACGCGCCAAAUCUACGACAACUCGAUUUGGUUCACAACUUCUUCUUUGUCACCUCCGACGACUUUCUCCCAUGCCCGUCCAGUUUGGAUCGUCUCACUCUGAUUGGGACGGCCGAGCUGGAAAUCCUGCAGUUCUGGUCACAUCUUCAGGUCGAGGCGUUAUCCAGCGUCCGUGAGCUCACCAUUGGUAUCAUUGAUGAUGGGGAUGAGUUCCUUGCCUGGACAGUCCCACCGCAACUCGAAAGCCUGACAGUCUUAGUGUAUGACUGGGCUUGGCUUGCAUAUACCGAUCAUCUAGGGUCCCUUCUUCCUCUUGUGAAGAAGAACCGAGAAAGUUCAUCUUCGGAGCCGUUCAAGAAAGUUAAGAUCUAUAUCGUUGUAGGCGGCGGGAAGGCUGAGGGAAAGCAGUUCAUCACGAAAUGUGCUGAAGCGGCUGUGCAUUCCCGUACGCUCCAUACCCUUUGCAAGUCCCUCGACAUUGGGAUGGAAGUGAAUUACAUCACGAGUACGUACUAUUUAGUCCCGAAUGGUUUUCUUGAAAAGUUGAUAAUGCCAUCAGCUGUCGAUGAAUGGGUCAAACAAAAUCUGUCGUAAAUGUCAAUCCCGAGCUCCGCGCCCAUUCCUUGCUUCCUGCUUCUUACCUGUUCAGGUCUGGAACCGAACAUGUCUUCUUUCUGUCUCGUUCGGUCAUUCGCGUGCGCUCUUGUAUGCUUCUUGUUUCCUAUUAAUAUUCUCAGCCGUUUCUGCCCUCGUGCCCUCAUUUACCCUAGUAUUUAUUCAUACCCGUUUCCGUACUGGGUUCGUAACUAGAUAAGUAGCUGUAUCUUUUAUACGGAUAGAACAGAAUGCUCACUUGUGUUUAACCUUUCCUUUUCGAUUGGCCUUAUGGGGGAACAUGUUGAAAUGAAUGACCAUUUCAGUUGCCCAU